AUGUGCUGCGUGGUCCCCGCCGCUUUCCAGGAGCUGCGGCUGGAGGGCUUUGUCCAGGGAUCUGAAACCACUUUGCAGUCGACAUAUACAGACACCAGCGCUCAGCCCACCUGCGAUUAUGGAUAUGGAACUUGGAACUCUGGGGCAAACAGAGGUUAUGAGAACUAUGGUUAUGGCUAUGGCUAUGGCCAGGAGAACACCAACAACUAUGGGUAUGGUAUGGCCACUUCAAAUUCAUGGGAAAUGCCUACCUCUGACGCAAAUGCAAACCCUAAUGCCUCAGGUAGCACCAGUGCCGAUUCCGUUUUAUCCAAAAUUAACCAGCGCUUAGACAUGGUGUCACACAUGGAGACAGACAUGAUGCAAGGAGGCAUGUAUGGCUCAGGAGGAGAAAGGUAUGACUCCUAUGAGGCCUGCGACUCAAGGGCCAUGCUGAGCGAGCGCGACCUGUACCGGUCAGGCUAUGACUACGGCGAGCUUGACCCUGAAAUGGAGAUGGCCUAUGAGGGCCAGUAUGACACCUACCGUGACCAGUUCCGCAUGCGCGGUGGUGAUACCUUUGGUCCUCGGGCACAGGGCUGGGCCCGUGAUGCCCGUGGUGGCCGCCCAGUGGCCUCAGGCUACGGGCGCAUGUGGGAAGAACCCAUGGGAGCCCGGGGCCAGUGUUUGCCAGGAGCCCCCCGGCUGCCCUCCCUCUUCUCUCAGAACAUUCUCCCCGAGUACGGCAUGUUCCAGGGCGCACGCGGUGGGGGUGCCUUCCCGGGUGGCUCCUUCCCAGGCAGCUCCUUCCCGGGCGGCUCUCGCUUUGGCUUUGGCUUUGGCAACGGCAUGAAGCAGAUGCGGCGCACCUGGAAGACCUGGACCCCUGCUGACUUCCGGACCAAGAAGAAGAAGAGGAAGCAGCUAGGCAGCCCCGAUGAGCCUGAUAGCAAGGCAUCCAGGACGGACGGCUCAGACAACAGUGACUCUGACAAUGAUGAGGGCACUGAGGGAGAGACAACUGAGACUGCCGACGGCUCCGAGGCCGUGGAGAAGAGCUCCAGGGUGGAAGGAGAAGAUGAGGAAGGCAAAGAGGAUGGGAAGGAAGAUAGCAAAGAGGAUUCAGGUGAGUCUGGGGCCCUGACUGGCCAGGAUGAGAAUGGUCAGGCCAAGCGCAAGCUGCAAGCAGGCAAGAAGAGCCAGGACAAGCAGAAGAAACGACAGCGAGACCGCAUGUUGGAAAGGAUCCAGUUUGUUUGUUCUCUCUGCAAAUACCGUACCAUUUAUGAAGAUGAGAUGGCCAACCAUCUGGACAGCAAGUUCCACAAGGAACAUUUCAAGUUUGUUGGCACCAAGCUUCCAAAACAGACGGCUGACUUCUUGCAGGAGUAUGUCACCAACAAGACCAAGAAGACAGAGGAGCUUCGGAAAACUAUAGAAGACCUUAAUGGUCUGAUCCAGCAGUUCUACAGAGACCAGGAUCUGACCCAAGAAAUUGCUAUGGAACAUUUUGUAAAGAAGGUGGAGGCAGCUCACUGUGCGGCCUGUGAUCUCUUUAUCCCCAUGCAAUUUGGGAUCAUCCAGAAGCACCUCAAGACCAUGGAUCAUAACCGGAACCGUAGGCUCAUGAUGGAGCAGUCCAAGAAGUCCUCGCUCAUGGUGGCCCGGAACAUCCUCAACAACAAGCUCAUCGGCAAGAAGCUGGAGCGCUACCUGAAGGGUGAGAACCCCUUCACGGACAGCCCAGAGGAGGACAAGGAGCCCGAGGAAGGCGAAGCGGGCGCCCCCGAUGAGGGGACACCGGGAGAGGCCGCUGCCUCCGAGGGGACCCCACAGCCGCCGCCCCCUCCAGAGCCCGAGGCCGUGGCGCCACCACCCCCGCCGCCCCCGGAGGAGGAGGAGGACGCCGUGCCGCUGCUGGGCGGGGCACUGCAGCGCCAGAUCCGCGGGAUCCCGGGCCUGGACGUGGAGGCGGACGACGAAGAGGAGGGGGGCGGGAGCGGCCCGUGA